AUGAGCUCCAAACUCGAGUCUAUCUCAGCGCGUCACCCGCGUUAUACGAUUUUAUUUAUCACCCUGUCGUUCGUUAUCAUUCUUCUCUAUGUCAAUUUCUCUCCCGAUUCCCCUUUCUCUGGUUCUCAUGCCUAUACAUGGGGCGGUCGCCCGCCUCCGUAUGACUACGCUGCUCGCGCUCACAUGAAUGACUUCUACUGUCAAGGAGCAGUUCAGGAGCAUGGCUUCCAGGUCGUACCGCAUGCGCCACCACCGCCUUCUCACGGCUACGAAGGACAUCCGCCGCAUCCAGAUCACCAUGGCCAUCAUCCGUGGGGCUACGGGCCGCUUCCUCCCGGCCCAUGGGGACCACCGCCCCCGCCCCCGUUCGGCCAGAUGCAUCACGGGGAGCACGGCGGCCCAGAAGGCAAGCACCCGCCCCACCCGCCUCCGUUCUGGGGUCCUCCUCCUCCCCCUCCUACUGGUGACGCGCAAUCUUACGAUACCCCGCCACCACCACCACCGCAUCACUGGUGGGCCCCACCCCCACCUCCGCCAGGUGGUGAACAAUCUUACGGUAUGCCUCCUCAUCCGCCGCAUUCGUACUGGGGUCCACCACCUCCGCCUCAUCAUGAAUUUCACGGUCACGGGGAUUCCAGGCCACCUCCGCCAAUGUUCUGGGGACCGCCACCUCACCCUGGACACCAACAUGGUUAUCGUCCCGCCUCGCAAGAAGGCGAAGAUGACGGAGAGCACCCUCCCCAUGGACCACCACCUCAUCAUCCACCGCGGCCUUCCAAACAUGACAAGCACGACAAGCACGGAAAGCCGUGUCCUGAAGGCGAAGCAGGUAUCAAGACGCAUCGGCCGCGACCUCGUCCUCCCGUUGAUAUCGCGAUUGAGAUCAGCGAAAAGCACUAUCAAGACUACGUGGAGCAUCGUAAAGAUUCUGUCGAUGAAGCAGCUCCGCUUUGGAAAUCUUUUGCUCCUGCUUUCCGUUGCCCCCAUCAUCUCCAACUCCUCGGUGAGCCGGAGGACAAUGGCAAAUGGGUCUGUGGCUUCGAACACAUCGCUCCGAAGGAACAAUGCGUCGUGUACUCGAUCGGCUCUGACGGCUCGUCCUUCGAAACAACGGUAAAAGACCGAUCCACCGCAUGCACAGUAUUCGGUUAUGUUGACAAGGCAGAGAACACUGAUGCCGUUACUGAAGAGGGAGAGACCAUCACCGCCGAAGAAUCAGACGUCCCCGUCGUCAAAGUCCCGACCAAUCCUCUCAAUGAACUUCUCGAAACCAACGGCCACAAAUUCAUCGACAUACUGAAGUUUGAUAUCAAUUCCGAAUCCGAUUUCGCCGUCCUCGACGCUUUCUUGAAUGAAUACGACUUCCCUCAACUGGCUAGCCGUGCUCCUUACCCGCCGCCGCGCCAAGCCUCUCCCCCUCCCAAGCGCGCACCCGUCCUUCCCUUCGGCCAGCUCCUUCUCUCCGUCGCCGUCUCUUCUGAUGACGACAAGAGCGAAAUAAGCAUCAGCGACUUCGGGACCUGGUUCGAGAAGCUCGAACGCAUGGGUUUGAGGCCCUUCUUUGCUGCGCCCCGUCCAAGCAAUUCCCGCGAUGUAAUUGACUAUUCUUUCAUCAACAUCCACGGAGAGCAUGAACUGCUUUCUGCCGUUCCUCCCCCACCACCUCAUCACUUUCCUCCGGCCCCUUGA